AUGCUCUCCCUAUUACUUAUUGUCCUGGCUAUGUGGAGAACAAUCAAUAAGGGACCACACGGAGAUGUGGAGGACGACGAUGUACUAACAAUGCGGAUUCUCAAUUUUCCAUAUCUGGUCUAUGAGAAUAUUCUGAAGCAUCUCGAGCCCAGUGAGCUACUUCUCUUGUCUUUUUGCUCAUUGAAAACUAGAGCUCUUGUACAGAGACCCGAAAUCGAGGGGUGUCCUAUCCUUUUUGCACGCACUGUAUCAAGAAUGCGUCACACUCCAACUCAUUCGAUUUUCGUAUUGGACAGACCUGAAGAAAUGAAUUAUGCAUUGGUAGACCAACCGGAAAAAGAAGAAAUUGUGAUAACCUGGAAUUGGGAAAACGAAAAAAUGGGAGGUGUUAGAACAGAAAGAGUAAAAUCAAAGAAUAUCGAUUUGGAAUGUAGAAUCACCUUCAAGAAAAACUCAAACACUCCAAUUUUAUGGUGUUCGUUCGAAAAUCAAUCAUCUCGGAAAAGAUUUGCAACUUCAUUACAUUCAUAUAUGUGUGAGGUGUUUCAUGUGAAACCAGAAAUGCAAUUCAAAUUGUCUCUGGAUUACAUGGAUGAACUUCCGUAUACGAAUGCAGUUAGAGAUGUCACACUACUUGAUACAAAUUUUAACCCUCAAGCUGUUGAUGAGUUUUUUGACAAGUUCCAUGUGACACGAGCACUUUUCUCUAAAAGUCAUAGACUGAACAAUCCAUUAAAGAAUUCUAUCAAAUUUCAUCGAGUCAAUAAUCUUUUUUUAAACACAUCUUGUUGGCUCAAUCCCUCACAAUUUCUCGAAAUGGACUGUGAAAAUCUGAUAAUGGCUGAAUCGAGUCUCCAAAUACGUGAUUUGAUCAGUUUUGUAAACCAGUGGUUAGAAGGAAGCAAUACAAGGCUAAAAACAAUGUAUGUUCUUUCAAACAUAGGCAUCGAUGCUGAUACUAUACUAGAUCAUUUUGAUUCAAGUCCAUGGAAUCCUGAAGUGGAUAAACUAGAAUAUAAUAAACCAAUUCACGAAUAUUGUGAAAAAAUAUGGCACGACUUCAUUCAUAGAGAAGAGACGAGAAACGGAGAGCUCGAAUCGGUUGUCCAGCCAAUCAUCUCCAAGCUUUACUCGGCUGGAGGUGAAGGAGGAGAACAAGCUGCUGAAGAGCCAGCGGAGGAUCAGUUAUAA